UGGAAGUGUGGCGGGAGAAAAGUCCAUUAUCCGUUGACGACAGUUUGAACGUUAUCGGCCCGGGCAACGUGGACGUUAAAGAGGCGGUGUACAACACGGCAAGAUCUGGUCAAAGAAGCGAUGUAUCUGAAGUGUGGUCAAGGCAGGCGCGGCCCAAUGCAGGCUGAGGAUUAUGGCAACAGAGAACGGACAGCUCCCAGAGGUCGAGGAUGACUAACGAAUGGCUCCACGGAAGCGCGGGGUGGCGUCCACCGAUUUAGCUCUCCCUCUCCGAUCACCGCCCACGCAUACAUGGCUCCUCGACGACGUUGAGCCGCACGCUUCUGCCGCUCCAAGUUUUUGCUCUCUGGUCGUGUGCCCCCUGCGCAUAUUUUUCACAUCUGUCCCUAACAUUUCCCGACCAGGCACAAGUCACUAGCUAGUCUAGUCCGACGAACACCGCACUCACACUUCCAUCUCCUUGACUAUGACAGCACGCCUCGACAAUGCCUGUCGAGAGAUUAUACAACGUCCCGUCGUCUCAGGAGGCGAAGACGCCGUUCAACGCACGCACCAACAUCGAGCAAGCUCGCAACCGAAGACGGCGGGAAGACCGGCUAGACGGGGUCCAACGCGGAGCGACCAACGGGAUUUUGGCGGCGGGCGACGAGGAGGGGCGAGAGCGAAGCUCCGACCGGAUUAUCGAGAAGAUCAAAGUUUCGCGCCGGGCUCGCGCUCGCCUUCAGCCCCUUGCAAGGCUCGUGAAUACAUCUGUCCACAGCACGGCUAGACAUGCCCACCGACAGUGCGAACCCUGGGUCCUCACCCCCAAGCCUUCGCCAACCCAAACGCAGCACCCUUCCGAGAACUUCCGGCGUCGCGCUGCCGUCACUCACGAAGACGUCUCAGAGCUCGCCCUCAUCCUCCCUGGGAGUGUCAGGAGUCCCAGUCCAAUUAGGACCUCUGGCACUCCUUUCCGGCGAGCUGCCCAGGGCUUUGCAAGGAGCGGCGGUGCGACGUCUUCGCCCCCACCUGGGACCUCCGCACUUUCCUACGGGCGGUCCCAAGUCGAGACUCUCCUGACAGAUCACCUCGGCGAGAGCGGCUUCAGCGAACCCACGUUCAACCAGCGCGUCUUCCUCGAUGCCGCGUAG